AUGAAUAACGAUCUACAAGCUCGUCCAAAACCUAAAUUUGGCAUUAGUGAUGAUGCCGACGAUGAGAUGUUAAAUUAUCAGGAAUUAUUUCAACGCUCAAAUAUUCAACCUGCAGCACAAGUCAUACGAGAACCAAAUAUAAAACGUCAACAAUCAAAUGAAAAUGAAGAUAAAAAAAAGAAAUUUUCAAAUAUUGAUCUUACUCAAACAAAUGUUAUGCGAAAUAUUAUUAUUGAACGAGAUGUUAGUACAACUCCUAUUCAAAUACCAAAACCUAAUAAUGAUCCAUUUCCACAAGCAAAACAUCGUGGUAGUGAAGAUGAUCUUGAUAAAAUUGUUUUACCAAAUGUUAAAAAAGCUUCCUUAUUUGCUAAACAAAUGUAUCGUGAUGGAAAAUUGAAAACAUGUAAAGAAUUAGAAGAAACAAAGAGAUCAUCAAUUGAUCAACAAAUAUCACGUUCGAGUUUAUUAACUGGUAGUGGUCUUGGUGAAGUAACUGGUGAACGAGAAAUUCAACGUAUUCAUGAAGAAAAUAUUGAUCGAUUAAAAUCAAUGGAUGAAAAAGAAAUUUUAGCUGAAAAAGAAAAAUUAUUAAAUUCACUUGACCCAAAAUUAGUUGCAUUUAUUCGAAAACGAAAUAAAAAAGAAGGAGAAAAUAUUAUUCGAAUGAAUGAAAAAUCAACUGUACAAAAAAUGGAUGUAGAUAAUCAAACAACAUCAACAAAUCUUCCAAUUGAAGUUGAUUCUCGAUGGAUUCAUAUGGAUAAUAUUGAAUAUGAGAAAUUAGAAUGGAUCAAAGAUUUACCAAAGCCAUCAGCUCAACGAACACUUGACGAUUCUAAUCCUGAAGGUGUUUCAGCUCGUUUUGAUUUUAAAGGUAAUUUAAUAUCACGUACGGUUGAUAUUCCUGUCACAGCUGCUCUUCAUCAUCAUGGUGAAGAACCAGAAGCAGCUGGUUAUACAUUAGAAGAAUUAUUUCAUCUUUCUCGUUCAACUGUUCUUCAACAACGUGUUAUUGCUCUACAAACAUUAUCAAAUAUAAUUCGUCAAGCUCAUACUGGUAUCUAUGAUCGUGAUCUUCAAUUAUCAUUAAUACCUAAAUUAAUUGAAGCUGGUAUUCUGUUUUUGAUACGUUGGGCUAUGGAUGAACAAAUCGAAUCAAUAUAUAUGAUAGCUAUUGAAUGUUUAGCAAAUUUGAUUGCACCAAAAAAAGAUGAAGAAAUUCUUUCUCAGACAAUGCAUUGGCCAUGUGGAUAUUAUGAACCAAUAUUAACACCAGCAGAUAUACAAUUAGGUGAUAAGAAAAGUGAAUCAGAUUUAACAGAUAUUGAAAUACUAGAACAAGAUUUAAUUAAAUGUUUAUUUCGUAUGAAUGUAUUAAAAAGACUUGUUUAUUUACUUGAUCGAAUGAAAUUACUACCAUCAUUAACAAUUAUUCUUCCAGUUAAACAUUCAUUUCAUAUUCUUAUUCGUAUGACAAGACAUUCAAUGACAUGUGCAAAUCAAAUUUUUGAAGAAAGACAAUUAAUGGACUUUAUUAUACGAGAAUUUAUUCCGGAAAUAAUUGUACCUAAUGAAGAAGGACAUGUGUAUGAACAUUUACUACCGGAAGCUUUAAAAUUUUGUCGAGUUUUAGCAAAUCAUGGUAGUACUUUAGCAUUUAAUCUUAUCAAUCGAUAUGGACUUAAUGAACGUUUAAGAAAUCAUUUAGUAGCUGCAGUCAAUCUGUCUUCAUCGUUACAAGAUAAUAAAACUCUUGGUGAAUUAUUAUCUCUUUGGCGUGUAUUUAUUUUACAAGGACAUAUGGCAAAUGAAUUUGGUUCUUUAAUACCAACGAUUAUAAUUCCAUUGUGUCGAAUGUGUAUUCAACAAAUGCCAAAUAUGGUUAUUAGUCAAAUUUUAAUUCAACUUAUUACAUUAUUUGAUGCAUUGAUAAUUUAUGUUACAAAAUUUAUUUUUAAACAUCAAAACUCAUCUGAAAAUUCAACAAAUGUUAUUAAUUGGUCACAUAUCGAUGGACUUUUUGAUCUUAUUUUAACAAUUGCAAAACAAACCAUGAUAGAAACUGAUGAAAAAAUUGAACUUAUUGCUCUUCGUACAGCAUGUCUAUCAUGUUUAGCAUCAUUUUUAAUUGGUCAACAACUAUUGACAAUCAAUUUGUUAGAUUUACCAUCAAAAGUAAAACUCAUCCGCAGUCAAUUCUUUGAACCAAUUCUACAUCUUAAAUCAACUAAACAACUUAUUGAAAAUGUUAAAUUUGAAACAGCAAUAAUUCCCAUAAAUGCAAGUGUAAAUCUUCCAACAUUAACACAAACAAAUAUAUCACCAUUUGGUUUUCUAAUUUCUUUACUUCGUUUAACCAAUAUUAUUUAUCAAAUAGAUAAAUCAUUAUCGACUUCAAAUAAAUUUAUUAGUCAAUUAAUGUUAACAAAAGAUAGUGAAAUAGUAGUUUAUAUUAAAAAAAUGUUGAAUAAAUUAACAUCAUCAGGAGUACGUAAAAUAUCAUGGUUUGAACAAUUUGAACAUAUUUUUCUAUUUCAAUUUAUUCAAGUCAUUAAUCAAGAAAAAUCUUCUGAUGAUUUACCAUCGAUUUAUUAUGAAAUAUUACUUUCAUUAUUAUCAUCACUUUUAAAAGGUUAUCAUUAUCUUGCACAAGAAAUUCUUAAAUUUGUUUUAUUUGAUAUAUCUUUUUGGAAAAGAUCAAAUGAAACUGAAUUAGCUGAUUUAUCAUUGAUUACAAAUGAAUCUCUUUGUUUAGCAUCAAAUGAAUCUAUAAAAAUUUCUUCAUCUCAUCGUACAAUACUUUAUGAACGUGCUAUUGAACAUUUACCAUCAUUAUAUACUUAUUAUAAAAAUAUUCUUCAAUUAAAUCGUUCAUCAAUUAAUUUAAAUAUUUGUGAUAUUCAUUUUGGAAAUUUAUUUCAAAUAGAUGAUUCAUUUAAAAUAAAUAUUCAUUAUGCAGAUACAUUUAUUGAUCCAACAUGGCCAUAUGGUUUACUUUCAUCACUUUAUACAAAUGUUUUAUCUAUUGUUGAAAAUGACAAACGAUUAGAUAUUAUUUUAAAUACACUACGUUUUGUUUAUAUAUUAGAAAUGAAACAUAAUUUAGUUUUAUAUAAAAUGUUAACAAAAACUACACGUUUUUCAAUGAUUGCAGGAAUUUAUUUACUUGGUUCGGAUAUAUUUCUUGAGAAAAAUAUAGCUGAUUAUCUUGUGGCUUUUUUAAAUUGUUUUAAUGAACAACAUUUAUUACAAAAAAUUGAAACAAGAACUAAUAUUCAAUCAUUAAUGACUUUUUUCGACUUUUAUCGUUCACUUGUUGAUCAAUAUGAAGCUUGCUCUUUUGGUGAUGUACUUUAUUCAAAUUAUCUUCUUAUUCCAUUACAACAAAUAUAUGAUGUUCAAUUACGAAAACAUGUUUGGAUUGAACAUUCAACCAUAUUGAAAUAUCUUCGAUUAAAACCUGAUCAAGUUUUAUUCUCACUUGAAACAUUCUUUCUACCAUAUGAAAAUGAUCUUGACUUAAUUCGUUACUAUGCUCACAUAUUAUUAAAUGGAACGAUCAAGAAAAUGAUUCAACCAUUAUUAUAUAUGAUUUUUAUACAUCAUCUCAAUGGAUUCCUAUUUGAUCAAACACGUAUUGAACAAAAUAAUUUACAACGAAUAAUUAUGAAAAAUUUACAAGCGAUAUCAAUAAAUGAUAAAAUAUUAUAUGAUGAAAUUAUUAAUUAUAAAACAUUUUCACGAGAUGGACCUGUGAUAUUUACAACUUUGCCAGUUAUUCGUAUGAAUUGGUUGCAAAAACUUUUGGAAUAA